AUGAAUAAUAUAUUUUGUUUUAUUCCCCAAGCCUCAUGGCCAAGCUUUGUACAUGUAGGAAUUUUAAUACAUCGAAAUUGGUUUAUUAGAGAGCCUAGGGGAUGUCAAAGGAAAUUGAGAAUCAACCUAGGUUAAAAAAACUUAACCUGAAAUCAAAUUUGACCUGUAACAUAUAUAAUGGUUUAUAUCUGGAGGUAUUGAGUACAGUUUUGGGCAUUGGUCAUCCAAAGUAAAGGUCUUCUGAAAAUUUUGAAGGUACACAUGAGCCAUGAGGCCCACAUGGCCAUAGCUUACCCUGGUUUCUGGUGCAUGAAUGACUAAAGAGUAAAAUCUCAACUCCUCCCUGGAGAUGCUGCUAGUAUCCACUACAUGGAUAACUCCCAGCAGAAAGUUUUUAGCACUCAUUUAAUCUCCUGGAUAAAAGAAAAAGUAGAGCAAAGUUACUUCUUGUCUAAGGAAAUGAUGUGACAGUAAGGCUAGGACUUUUAGUAGGUUUAUCGAGCUGUUGUGUGUUGUGCAGACUGCUAGGACUAGCAGUCAAACUAAAUACAUCCUGUUUAACUGGGCAACGAAAAUAAUGGAAAAAGAUGUUAUAUUUGGGUAGUCAUCCGGAUGUGUGAUGUCCUGACAUGACUACAAAUCUUAUAGUUGCCGUCAUACGUGUAUAGCAUGUAUACCCCAUACACCACACACCUAGGUAUGAUAAUUAUUUCUCAUGCUUUAUUCGCAAGCUGGAUUGAAGAAAGUAGCUGAGUUCCCAAUGAUGGGACACAAACCUGUGACCUGUCAACACCAGAUCAUUGCUGUAAUCAAAUCUUUUUAUUCUUUGUAGGACCCAUCAAUAUUCACUGUGUUGACUUGUCCCAGUUUAAAGCCUGGACUUGCUAUAGCAGAUUUUGUUAUAUUUCCACCAAGAUGGAGUGUUGCUGAGAACACUUUCAGGCCACCUUACUUUCACAGUAAGUAACGUUUUGAAGGUUAUAAUUACGGUGAGAGUGACUCAGACUUCUGCUGGACCUGACCAAACUUACAAAUGGGUCGGAAAAUUUUGGUUAUGUAGUGUAGCAGUGGAGUCCUUCAACAACAUCCUGUGGCCUCUCCACCUUACUUUUGCGCUUAGAUCACUAGGAAGUCUUAGUUUUUCGUUAGAAAUCCUUUGCUGGGCACACUGGAUUUCACAGGUUCAGAGCACUGGGCUUCCUUUCAAUUUUUCGUAAAGCACAGCCUUGUGUAGAAUGGAUGUGGCUUGUUUCAUGUGCUUCCUAUGCAAAUCAACAAGUAUGCAUGUGUCAAAUGGGUAUAAUAUCUAUGACUUAUUUGAUAUCACAGGCAUUACAGGGAUCAGAUACAACUGUAGAUCGUACAGCAGUAAUUCCUCUCAUCAAAGUUUGUGAAAGAAACUACUUUACUGGGGAAAACAAGAAUAGCAAAUAAAUUCAAGUCUCAUCAAGGCUGUAGGUUGUUUGGCACAUCCCAUUCCCUGGUAUACAAGUGCAGGGGCAGUAGACAACUGCAGUAGAAAAUGGAUCACUAAGAAUAAUACAAGGAGAUGCAAUGUGAAGGAAGCCGAUGAAAGCAAAAUACAAUGUAUGGUCCGAGCAAGAGUAAUGUCUCCCUCCUCACCUUAAAGAAAAAACAUUUUAAAUUAUAAUGACAUAAAUAGGAAAAUGUUGAGGUACCCUUAGCAAGAAAUGUGUCCUUCCCAGCGCAAAAAAAAAAAAAAAGUUUAAGAGAUUGAACUUAAAGAGCCAUGUCUCUCAACCUUUACUUUUAAUUUAUGAACAGGAAACUGUAUGAGUGAAUUCAUGGGGUUAAUUUAUGGAGAAUACGAAGCCAAAGUUAGUAUCUAGUAUUUAAUAUAUUCCAAUUAUUUAUCUGCAGUUUGAAGGUUUUUGUUUUCGUUUUUGCUUUUUGCUGAAGAGCGAGUCACACCUUGCCUCUGCUCUCAGCUAAAUUUUUCGCUUUUUUAAUUUUUGAGGGUGGUUUCAACUGGCUUACAUGUAAUUGGUCAAAUCAAGGCGAGAUUUCCUGAAGUUGAAUUUUUAGGGAGCACAUCAAACUAUAAAAAAGAACAAAAAAUCGGUGUUUACGUCCUCUACAAUAUGUCCCAUUGGAACGUUUCACGUUUUAGUCGAGCAGUAAGAAGUGUACAAAAAAAGCAUAAUGCACGUGCAAAGUUGUUCUUUCAGUUAUCAAACCUAUUGCUUCUUUGACGUCCCCGUUGCCAUCGGCGUUGUGGUUGCUUAAAUUCCCUGGUAUUCGUCUGAAACUAUAAUAUUUACGGUUUUUUUUUCUUGUCAUGUUAGGAGGAAGGAUAUGCCCCAGGGGUAGUAGUCUGCAUAGCAUGAUGACUCCUCAUGGACCGGAUAAGGAUUGUUUUGAGAAGGCGUCAAAUGCAGAGCUGAGACCCCAGCGAGUGGCAGAUGGAACUAUGGUAUGUAUAACAUGAACAGUGCAUAAUUAAUUCAAACCCUAGCCUGGCGUUUUUAACAUUACCAAGUGGACCAGAGUAAAGAAAUUGUAUGUUCGCCAUGACGGCAUUCAUGACCAUUGUUUAGUGGUUACUUGAGUAUUUCAGCCGGUUUAAAAUCAAUAAAUGUAUUGUCAAAUGGCCGGGACAUCUGUUGACUCAAAGUGUUCUGUUGUGACAGUUUCAAUGGAUAUAUACUCUGCUUUGGUUCUUUUUGCCCUUGUUUUAAAUUGUAUUUUCCCUAUGUACAUCACAAAAUGAUUAUCAGACUUUACCAUACCCACAAAAACGAACGAAAAUUAAACUUAAACCAAGAAUACAACUGAAUCUCAACAUAUACCUGAACGGAUUUGCAAAAAGUUACCUACUUGUUCUGCACAACUUUUCCUCAUUCAUUCUUUAUUAUUAAAAAACUAUUUGUCUCCGUAGUAACCGUAAUAAAAACCAAAAGUGUAGCCUUUGUUUUUUCUUCAUUCUCUCCUUCACUUUUCCUUUCGAUUUUCUGCUUUGGAGUGAUUUUCAGGUUUGUCGGAACCAACAGAACUCGCAUACUGGCCUUACCCUAGUCAAAUGGUUACUUCAGCUUAGGUUCGUAGGAUGAGAUCUGGUUAUGUGGAACUCCGUGGCUUACCUUGAUCUUUUCCACAUCUAUCAUCAUUUCUUAAGCUAUGUUCAGACUAUACUGGAAAGCUUUUCGUGACAAAGCUAUUCGGUAUAGUAUGAACACCUAUCGGAUGAAAAAAAUUAUGUUACUCUCCCCUUUAAAGAUCGGCGCCGUGCAGCUUCGCUCCGUUACAGAAAUCGCGUCGAAAUCACUGUUCUUGUGUGUGAACAGAAGCCUUAUCAGGUAUGGUUUUCGCGCCGGCGCAAGGGCUAUCUGGUAUAGCGGAAACAUAGCCUUAGCUAGUUUGGGAAUAGUCUGCUACACAGCCGUUUUUAGAGUCGUCACGCAAUGAGGAGCGUUACGUGACGACACUAAAAACGGCUGUGUAGCAGACCGGUAGUUUGGGAAUUGCUCUAUUCAUUUUUUUUCGUUGUAGGCAUUUAUGUUUGAAAGCAGUCUCAGUAUGGCCAUCACAAAAUGGGGAAAUGAAACAUGUCUGAAAGUGGACCAUGAU